UGAACUGAAAGCCACGAUUUCAACCACCGAUUAGGACGACCAAGAAGCUUGAAGAAACUCCCAGUAGAAAUUUUUUUAUUUUCAUUUUCAUUUUCUAUUUACUGCCGGAGGAGAACUCGAAAAACGGAAAAAAUAUCCCUUUCUGCUUCAACAAUCAAAAUUCCGAACAUUAACGGGUGAUUCUUUGCUUCAAUAACGUUGCAUUUCUUACUUGUGAUAUUCACCUUAACCUCGCUGAUGUUUAAUUCGACAUUCUAUUACUGCUCUACAUUCAUUUCUUUUCUUCCCGGGCUAUAUACUUUGCAGCUGUUCUAAAAGCCGAUCAACCAUUGUGACUUCUACAAUUACGGUGCUGGAUGAUUCAAAAUAAAUUUUUGCAGAUUACUGGAGAUAUGCCAACAUGAGUAUCUGCACCUCUGUCAAAUCUUGUGUUAAAAGUAUAGUCUCCUUAAGAGGGUGUCUUGAGGGACAGAUGAACAGCCAAUUCUGUGAUACUGCUCGCACUUCAUGCUGUUUCCGUAUCUCUGUAUGGCAUCCAAGGUUUAAUUAUGCAACUGUUUCUUCAUUGAAGUCCAACUGCAGUGCACCUGCAAUCAGCUUUCAAGCGUUCCGAAGAAGUUUUGGGCCUACCAUCUCCAAGUCAAAGGACAGCAAUCAGUCCUUAAAAUUUACAUCUACAGUUAACACCACUGGUUCCAGGAAGACUUGUGUUGAUAUUUCAACCGGGACCCAAAACAUGAAUAUGAAGCUUUUGAUACCUAGUCAAGCAAAGAGUCACGGUUUCAAAUUUAAUUUGGGACCCAAUUCCUGGCAGCAAUUCUUUACCUCUGUUGGUUUUUUUAGUGGAUUGCUGGUUUGCUGUUCAAAUUCUGCGCGGGUGCAUGCCAAAUCCGUUGAUCAUAUUGAAAAUAAGGAAGAUGGCUCUGAUUCUUUUUCUGUCGCCUAUUCACAUGGAAAGGAGGUUCAUACUGACUAUUCUGUGACUGGUAUACCCGGGGAUGGGAGAUGCAUGUUUCGUUCUGUUGUUCAUGGAGCUUGUCUAAGAUCAGGAAAGGCGGCCCCUGAUGAAAAACUUCAAAGGCAAUUAGCAGAUGAAUUAAGGGAAAAAGUGGCAGAUGAAUUUAUUAAGAGACGGGAAGAGACAGAAUGGUUCAUUGAAGGUGAUUUCGACAGAUACGUUGCACAAAUGAGGAAACCUUAUGUAUGGGGAGGUGAACCUGAAUUGUUAAUGGCUUCUCAUGUUCUCCAGAUGCCAAUCACGGUGUACAUCUAUGACCAUAAGUCCCGCGGCCUAAUAUCAAUUGCAGAGUACGGGCAAGAAGAGUAUGGCAAAGACGACCCUAUCAAGGUCUUGUAUAAUGGCUCUGGUCAUUACGAUGCACUGCAGAUUCCCGGGACGAAAGGCACGAGAUCAAAACUGUAAGAUCGUAGCAGCACACCCCGUUUUGUUUGUAAGCCAUGAAAGACCUUACAGCCAAGCUGGCUGACUAGUUACAUGUUUCUUUUUCGCAUUUUUAUUAUAUAUAUAUAAAUAUAUAUAUAUAUAUAUAGCCUUACAAGUGCCAAUCAUAUCAGUAAUUGUCAGAUCUUCUUUGCUAAUAAGAGUGAAUUCUGUGAUAGUUCAGACAAA